CAUUUCUCAACUGGCAUUCGUGAAUGGCACUCUUUUAUCAAAACCAAAAGUUAUUCUGUCAAAACACAACAUCUAAAAACGUCAUAAUACAAAAUAAUAACCGAACACUCAAAGUCACCGUCGACGCAGAGCUUGAUAUUUUUAGCAACACAUCGCAAAUUAGAGCUCACCUGUGGAGGUGCUGUGACUUUCGCACGAAAAUGUGCGCAAGGACGACAGCAAAAUGCAAGAAGGAACUUUCUGGAACGGUGGAGGAGGACGAGCGACGACGUCAACUUGUGGACUCUUUUCGCGUGCAACCUCGCGUUGUGCUACACAGAGCAGAUUUAAGUGUCGCGCGGCGUUCUCGGGAUUUGACGCCAGAGUCUCCUCACGUCAAAGAGGAAGAGUGGAUUGAGGGGGUUCAUCACAUUAAAGAGGAACCGGAGCACCUUUGCAUCAAAGAGGAGGAUGUAGACAAUAAAGAGGAAGAGCAAGAGGAAAUCAUCACGCUUCCGUCGACCGGUGUCCCUUUGAAAAGUGAGGAGGAUCCAAAUGAGCCUACAAGCAGCGGCGCAAGUCCACACAGGACAACAGGAGGCGGUGGAGACCGCUGUGAAGAAUCCCAAGCAGACGCCCUGGUAGCGCCGCUAUCAGAUAGUGACGACGUUCUGUCACAAUCUCCUCACACUGAUGAUGACGAUUAUGGGGAACAGUCUGAAGAUCACGCUAGCAAUAAAUGCUGCGAAUGUCCUGAGUGUGGGAAAAUAUUAACUUGUAAGGCGAAUUUGCAACAACACAUGAGAAAACACACUGGGGAGAAACCUUUUCACUGCUCAGUUUGCGGCCAAACGUUCUCCCUGAAGAGCACCUUAACCAAUCAUGCAAGAACACACACGGGUGAUAAACCGUUUGUGUGCUCCGUUUGCGGUCAAAGAUUUGCUCACAAAAUAAGUUUGACAACGCAUACGAGAAUCCACACUGGGGAAAAACCUUUUGCCUGCUUAGUUUGUGGGCAAAGAUUCACUCGGAAGGGGAGUUUAAAUGUCCACACGAGAACGCACACAGGUGAGAAACCUUUUCCUUGUUCGGUUUGCGGUCAGAAAUUUGCCAUAAGAAACUAUUUGACCGCGCACACAAGAACGCACACUGGGGAGAAACCGUAUGUCUGCUCGGUUUGUGAUCAAAGAUUCAGUCAUAAAUGUAAUUUGAGAACACACGCUCAAACCCACACCGGAGAGAGACCUUUUGCCUGCCUAUUUUGUAGUCAGCGAUUCUCUCGGCAGGUCACGUUAAAACACCACACGAGAACGCACACAGGUGAGAAACCUUUUUCAUGUUCGGUUUGCGGUCGGAAAUUUGCCAUCAGAAAAUAUUUGACCGCGCACACAAGAACGCACACUGGGGAGAAACCAUAUGUCUGCUCAGUUUGCGGCCAAAGAUUUUCUGAGAACGGAACCUUAAAAAAUCACACAAGAAUCCACACCGGGGAGAAACCUUUUAUCUGCUCGGUAUGUGGUCACAGAGUCGCUGAGAGAGGAACCUUAAAAAACCAUAUGAGAACACACACGGGGGAGAAACCACAUGUCUGCUUAGUAUGUGGUAAGAGAUUCUCUCGUAAAAGAACGUUAAUAAGUCACACAACAAAACACACAGGUGAGAAACUCUAUUCCUGCUCAGAGUCUCCAAAACAGUGAAACAUGGUGGUGGCGGCAUCAUGCUGCGGGGUUGUUUUCAACUGCAGAGACAGAUUGAUCGGUUGCAGUCGAAGGAAAGAUGAAUCCGGCCAUGUACAAGUUCAGGACCUCAGACUGGGCUGAAGUUUCUGCUUCCACCAAGACAACGAUGCUUAGUACACAAACUGUUUUUGAAUGACUAAGCUGGAGCCCUGACCUAAACCCAAGUGAGCAUCUCUGGAGAGACCUGAAAAUGGCUGUACACCAACGUUCACCAUACAAGGUGCACGACUGGGGAGGAUCCUCAAGUCCAAGUGUGAAAAAACAUUGCAGCAUUCCAAAGAAGACUCAAGGGUCUGAACAUUAAUGACUGUGUGAUAUUUCAGUUUUUCUUUCUUAAUUCAUAUGUAAAAAAAAGAAAAAAAAACAACAAUUCAUUUUUUUUCUGUCCAUGUGGAGUGCUGUGUGUCCAUUAAAGGACUACUGUCAUGAAAUGGAUGAUUUUUAAUGUUAUUAAUGAAAAAACGUCAGCCAA